CCUCCAGGACCGAGGGCGCUGCGGGCUCGGCUCCCGAGCUGGCGCCCCUCUUUCAGGUGCAGCGUAGGCUCGGCCCCGGCCGGGACUUCUGGAUCGCGCAGUGACCGCAUGCAGGUGACCUCCAGGUCUGCAGAGAGAAGCUAAAGAUGAAGGAAGAUGGUUCACCCAGCUCUCAGGUGCCCAUCAGCGACAACAAGCACAUACUCAAGUCAGAGCUCUUAAGCCUCCUGAAGACCUACAAUUGCUACCAUGAGGGCCGAAGCUUCCAGCUCCGACACCGAGAGGAGGAAGGGGCUCUGAUCAUUGAGGGGCUCCUCAACAUCGCGUGGGGGCUCAGGCGGCCCAUCCGGCUUCAGAUGCAGGAUGACCACGAACGUGUGCGUCUCUCCUCCAUCUCCUGGUCGCACCCACAGCCCAGCUGCUCCCCCAAGGAGAUGCCACCCCAGGAUGGUGGGAGCACCGCUGAGGAGCCGGGUGCUCAGCCCCAACACAAGGCCAUGAGUUCCAGAGAUGGUUCAGGGUCCCUGGAGGAGGAGGAGGAGAUCCCACAGCUGUUGCGGACCCAGAGCGAUGCCAGCUGUGUGAUCCAGAGGAGGCCCAAGUCCCGCACACCUGCUGAGGCCCAGCGGGUGCGGAGACACCGCUUCUCCAUCAACGGGCACUUCUACAAUCACAAGACCUCUGUGUUCACUCCUGCCUAUGGAUCCGUGACCAAUGUGAGGGUCAACAGCACUAUGACCACCCUGCAGGUGCUUACGCUGCUGCUGAACAAGUUCCGGGUAGAAGAUGGACCCAGUGAGUUUGCGCUCUACAUCGUCCAUGAAUCUGGUGAGAGGACCAGAUUAAAGGACUGUGAGUACCCACUGAUUUCCAGAAUCCUGCAUGGGCCCUGUGAGAAGAUUGUCAAGAUCUUCCUGAUGGAAGCUGACCUGGGCGAGGAGGUACCUCACGAUGUCGCCCAGUACAUUAAGUUUGAAAUGCCAGUGCUGGACAGUUUUGUUGAAAAAUUAAAAGAAGAGGAAGAAAGAGAAAUAAUCAAACUCACCAUGAAGUUCCAAGCCCUUCGUUUGACAAUGCUACAGCGCCUGGAACAGCUAGUGGAAGCCAAGUAGUCAGCUAGCACCUGACUCUUCGGACGUCCCCGUGACAACCACAUGAGGAGUUCCAGUGGCCCAGCACAGCCUGGCUACUGACCAAUGGCCUCUGUGCCCCUGCAGGAACCUGGCAUCUGUGCUUCUACCCUGCCCAAAGCCCAAGUAGCCUUUCUGCAUACCUCUCCUCAGCCCCAUGGGAACCCCCUUCCAGGGAGCAGAUCGGGGCCUGAGGAGCCAGGAACACGCCAGCUGUGUUCUGUGUGUGAGGCUGGCCUGCCAGUGUGGCAUCAGCCACGUUUAUAUGGAUGUUGGUAUGGAAACCCAUUCAUUCACCUCUCUCAAUCAGGAGAGUAGCAGCUGACCCAUCCCUCGGGGCCUGGGCUUUAUCGGCUUGCCCAGAGCCCUGCCUCAUCACAAGUUCCUGUCAUCAUCCUUGAACCAUCCAUGAACCACAGGAUUCCUGUCUUCUCCCCUGCCAUGCACAGAGCAGGCCUGCCACCCAUAUGGAGACAGCCAUAAUGUCAUGGCACGGCACCGCUCCCUCCAGUGCAGAUGUGAGAUCUGCAAUACAACCACGAGGACCCCAUCUGAUGUCUGCAGAAGUAUCCUCACUUCUCAGUGAGACCCACAGAAUUCUCUUUGUGUGUGGGCAAGUGCACACACACACCCGUGUACAUGCACCUGUACACGCAGUACUGGAGCUUGAACUCAGGGUUUGGGCUCUGUCC